GCUCUCCUGGAAAAGGGCAAAUAAACCAAAAAUUUCAAUCAGCUGUGUUUAUAGCAUUUCCCUUCAAGUAGGAAAAUUAUUUUUCAAAUAUUAUUAUUUUACAACACAAUUUACGCUUGGCCUUCUCAACCUUUUCUUUUAUUUUUCUCUCUGUGCUCUCAUUUGGUGGGUUUCCAAGUUUACUGCAACUGAAAGCUAAACCAAGGUUGCUGUUGCUGGUGGAAACUGGAACUCGAAAUUUUAAAUCUUGGACAUGAAAAGACGAAUAGGAUGAGUCCCAGUUACUUCUCUUUUAGAGUUUGAUUUAAUAGCGGGGCAGCAAUUUCCACUGCAUCAGAAAUAUAUGUGAGUUUUUUCAUUUGACGAUCGACAUUAAAGUAAAGAGCCAUGCAAAAGGAGAAUAAUACAACUGUGCCAUCAGCUACUACUCCUAGAAUUCGGCACCGCAAAAGAUCCAAUGAGGUUAUUCCAGAACCUAGUAAAGCAAAUGGUGGAAAUUUGCUUGUUAAUGACCGUAACAAAUACAAAUCAAUGUGGAUCCGAACACACUCUACUGUUUGGAUGAUUGGGGGUUUUGCAUUAAUUGUCUACAUGGGUCAUCUCUAUAUUACAGCUAUGGUGGUGGUUAUCCAAAUAUUUAUGGCAAAAGAGCUUUUCAAUCUUCUCAGGAAAGCACAUGAAGAUAGGCAUCUUCCAGGGUUUAGGCUAUUAAAUUGGCACUUCUUCUUCACCGCAAUGUUUUUUGUAUAUGGCCGCCUUCUUAGCCAACCACUUGUCAAUACUGUAACUUCGGAUAAGUUUUUGUAUCAGUUUGUUAGCAGCCUUAUCAAGUAUCAUAUGGCUAUCUGUUACUUCUUGUACAUUGCAGGUUUUAUGUGGUUUAUUCUUACAUUGAAGAAGAAGAUGUACAAGUAUCAAUUUGGCCAGUAUGCAUGGACACACAUGAUCCUGAUCGUGGUCUUCACACAGUCGUCCUUUACUGUGGCCAAUAUCUUUGAAGGAAUUUUUUGGUUUCUUCUUCCAGCAUCGCUUAUUGUUAUCAAUGACAUUUUUGCUUAUAUCUUUGGUUUCUUCUUUGGAAAAACCCCAUUAAUCAAAUUGUCUCCUAAGAAAACAUGGGAGGGUUUUAUUGGAGCGUCUGUUACAACUAUCAUCUCUGCAUUCGUGCUUGCAAACAUCUUGGGUCGUUUCCGUUGGCUAACCUGUCCAAGGAAGGAUUUAUCAACUGGUUGGCUUGAAUGUGACCCAGGUCUAUUGUUUAAACCAGAGAAUUAUAUCUUACCAGGAUGGAUUUCUCAAUGGUUUCCUUGGAAAGAGAUCUCCGUUUUGCCUGUUCAGUGGCAUGCUUUAUGCUUUGGUUUGUUUGCAUCAAUAAUAGCACCUUUUGGGGGAUUUUUUGCAAGUGGUUUUAAAAGAGCUUUUAAGAUCAAGGAUUUUGGUGAUAGUAUUCCUGGGCAUGGUGGAAUUACAGAUAGAAUGGAUUGCCAGAUGGUGAUGGCGGUAUUUGCAUAUAUCUAUCACCAAUCAUUUGUCAUGCGUCAAGGCAUCUCAGUUGAAAUGAUCUUGGACCAGAUAUUGACAAACCUUACUUUCGAGGAGCAGCAGAGUCUUCUCAUGAAGCUGGGACAGAUCUUGCAGGAAAGACUUGAACAUUCUUAAAUAUUCAGGCAUAAUUCUGUGCGAGCUACUGGAACGUAUUGCUUGCACCUGGUGGUGUUAAGUUGUAACAACAAAAGAAGGAAAAGAAAGUGAUUUGUAUAUGGUGUUGUGUUUCAUGUUUUUCCAUUAAAAAAUUUUAGGCAGAAAAGUUUUCUUUAUGCGCCCAGUUUGUAUAGUAUAUGUUAAGCAAAUUAAUUGUUAAUUGCCUAAUUGCCCGUCAGUCACCGCGUCCUGAAUUGAUCAUUAUAUGUAUGCCGGUUUCUUUGUUCUUCCGAAUCGAAAAAAGGAAUAUGAACUGCUGUAUGUUGUCCUCAUAA